AUGAAUCUGCUCCGUUGCAUGUUGGCGCUGGUGCCAGCUACUGCCUAUUUGUGCAACGACGGCACCUGUCAUACCGAGCUGUCUGCCAGUUUUCUGCAGGUGGAGAAACAGAGGCGGAAAGCAGUCAGCGAACAUCCCUGGCCACAUGCCCGGGGCAAGGCACCUCACCAGUUUGGGAACACACAGGAGGUCUGGACCGACCACAAGCUGAGCUGGUCCUACCACCAUCCAGACGGCAGGUUCCACAACAUCAUGGCAGGGGGCCCGGUGAUCGAUGUAGAUAAGAACCUGUACCUGAUGUCCGGCAAGGGCUUGAUCGCUUUGUCUCCCUCGGGAGACGUGCGGUGGACCUACGAGACCCCAGGCCCCUGCAACAACGAGGUCACGUUGCACGGGGACCUGGUGCUGGGCACCACCAAAGAAGGCAACGCCUUUGCAGUGGACCGGCACACGGGCAAGACCCAGUGGGUCACCAAGCUGGCGAAGGACGCUGGAGGGGACUGCGGGUAUCCAGCGGCCUUCAAGGACGUGUUUGUGGUGGGUGCCCAGCAAGCAAAGGAAAACCUCACGGGCGGGAACUGGUUGGUGAUGGGCCUGAAGACCGACAGUGGGGAGAAGCUUUGGGAGUAUGAGGCGGACAAACCCGUGUGGAACCUGACUCCACUCUUCCCUGGCGAUGACACGGUGGCUUUCAUGGACUUCUCAGGCGGCAUCUAUCGCCUCGGCCUGAAGAAUGGGACCGAGAUCUGGAGGACCCCGGCACGCGAGUCCCACGACAGCUUCUCUGAUGGGGGUGCUGGGCUGGGCCCCAAUGAUUUCAUGUACAGCUGCAGCAACUUCAGGGACUCCACCGGUCAAGAAGGGCAACAGGGCGUGGCCAGGGGUUACAAGCUGUCAGAUGGCUCUUUGCAAUGGGAGCGCAUUCUGUCCUCGCCGUGCAACUCCUAUCCUGCAGUGGGCCAUGUCAAGGGUAGCGAUGCCCUGGCCGUGGUGGUUACGCCUGGGUCCUUCAUGGGACAAGGACGGCCAGGCCUGCAUGGCAGCGUGCUCGCCCUGGAUGCCGCGACCGGGAAGGACAUCUGGGAGUUCCAUGCCAAGCCUUUUAGCGGGCUCGGCUUCCAGGCUGCCGGUGACUUCGAAGGGGCUCUGACCAGGCAUGCUGCGGGUGUUCAGGAGAUGUGCAUCCCAGCGCAUUGGAGCGCUCCGAUCAUUGACGGCCAGGGCACCGUGCUGGUGGGCCGCUCUGACGGGAAGCUGUACCAGGUCUUUGGGCCAGAGGCGCAGUUCGGGGGGUCCAAGGAUCACGCCACAAAGGUGAACUCCGGGGUGGUUGCGAAGCUGCUGGACGUGAAGAGCGCCUCGCUGCACGGUGCACUGGCGGCGGCGCCCGGGAUGUUCGCUAUGUCCACCUGCGAUACACUCUUCGUCUUCCAGAAGUAA